AUGCAGAGAAAAGGUGUCAGAGCCUUCUCGGGCCACAGCUACGGCCACACAGGUCACCAUCAUGGCGGCGGCGGCAACCACUACUCCCGUCUCAAACCAGUCGAGCUCGACCCCCUCUCAGAAUACGGCCUCCCCUCUAAAGGCGAAAAGAGACUACUCUCUCCCAAAGUCCAAGAGUCCUACUACUCCAAAAUAGCAGAACGCUACCUCGCCUUCUGCACCGAAGCCGGCGACAAAGACAACCUCCAAAAACAAUUCGCCCGCCUCGCCGUCGCGGACACCACCCCCUCUUCCUCCGCCAGCUCCCCAGUCAUCUCCGUUCCCCCAUCCCCCUUAACCUCCGCCCCUCCCACCGCAUUACCGCUCCCAACCCCCACCUCCCUGCCCACCGGCAGCUUCCCCGACAUCACCUUCAUCGCCACCGACAACAGCAAAGAACAAGACCAAUCCGGCUCCCUCCCCUCCAUCCUCUCCGCCCUCCGCAAGCUCCGCGAGGCCCUCGUCGCCACCCAGCGCCGAGACCCCUUCACAAUCCAAGUCUAUCUCUUCGCCAUCCGCCUCGGCAUCCUCGCCAAGUCCUUCGAGUCGUACUACCCGGCUCUGCUCUACCUCCUCCGCUCUGUCCACCCCUUCUCCAACCUCACCUCUGUCGAGCUGGCCGAGUGCGUGUCCUAUCUCGUUCUCGACACCGCCUGCAGAAGGCAAGACCUCGCCGGGGCGUUUAAGCUGCGGAAGGAGUACAAGUUGAAGGACAAAAAGGUGGACGCGGUGCUCAAGGCGCUGGUGGGGGACAACUAUGUGCUUUGGAGGAGGGUCAAGAGGGGGGUGGAUGGGUACCGGGUGAAGCUGAUGGAGUUUGCCGACGGGGAUGUCAAGAGGCGGACGUUGAUGGCGAUGGGGAGGGCGUAUUUGAGCUUGCCGAGGGAGUUUUUGGAGGGCCAGAUGGAGGAGAGCUGGGAGGGGCUGAGGAGCAAGUAUGGGGUUGGGUGGGAGCUCGGCGGGGAGAAGGGGGAGAAGGUGGUUAUACGGAAGGUUGGGAGGGGAUGA